UAGGCCUACAGUCUACAGUGCCCGAUUUGCUUUCUAAAAUUCGUUGAUAUUUCAGAUUCUUUGAAGAUUUUUUUUUUUUUACGAUAGAAGGAAUUUUAUAAGGUUUUUGAUAAUUCUGGACAUAUUCAAGUUCGGGUUACUUUCUGCAUCCGGAGUUUUGGCGGUAGUCUACCUAUUUUGUUCUCCUCGUUUGUCAUUGAAUUAACAAUCAGAACUAUAACAUCAGUAUAUGUGAUUUGAAAAAUGGCGAAUAAUGGGACUGCUGAGCAUUACAUGUUAAGGAACAUUCAACAAGCCAUCAUCACUGGUAGCCGUUGUUUUGAAAAUGGCGAUGUUGAGUGUAACAUUGUAUUGAGAGAUCUAAGACAAGCCCAACGGUCUUUGGAUCUUGUCAAUAUAGGAGAAAACAGCAAACGUGAUAUCGAAUCGACAAUCUCUGCUCUAAUAGAUCAAAUUGAAAUGAAGAUUGCAAAUCAUCUAGCAUCACUUCAGGAAAACGCAUUUUCUGCACCUCGGGAAAACGUUUCAGGUGGAACUGGAAGACAUAAAGUAAUCAUACCAAACGAGCAGAUAAAAAUGCUAUAUGAUUUAAAUUUUACUGCAACCCAAAUGGCAGAAAAAUUUGGAUGCUCAGUACCCCUCAUUUAUAAACGACUACAUGAAACAGGCUUAAAACUCAGGGAUGGUUACAGCAACAUUAGCGAUACAGAAUUAGACUCCAAAGUUAGCCUGCUUCAGACAAAAUUUCCAAAUGCUGGAUCUGUAAUGAUGAGUGAUAUGUUACAAUCAAGUGGUGAAAAUGUUCAGAGGAGAAGAGUAAGGGAAAGCAUAAACAGAACAAGUCCAUUUCCUGUUGUACACAGAUUAUCAAAGACUGUGAAGCACAGGAGAUAUUCUGUUCCAAUGAGCAAUUCAUACUGGCAUAUAGAUGGCCAUAUGAAGCUGAUCAGGUAUGCCCAUCUUGUUUUACAACCUAUAUAAACCUUGCUUGUCCAGUUAAAAUGUCUAUCAAGACUGCAUAUAGCACAAAGAAUUUGUCAGUUUCAUCAACUGCACCUUUUUUUAAAGUAUUGAACUCAAUCCAUAUCUUUUAAUUAAAACAGAUAGGGAAUAUCAACACAUGGUGGAAUCGAUGGUUUUAGCCGUCUUGUAGUUUUUUUAAAGGCAGGCACUGACAACAGAGCAUCAACAGUCUUACACCAUUUUAUCAAAGCCUGUCUUCAGUAUGGUGUCCCAUCUAGGGUCAGAUCAGAUCAUGGGGGAGAAAAUAUCAUGGUAGCCCUCUUCAUGAACCUCAUGAAUGGUGACCAUAGGCACAGUCAUGUUACUGGCGGGUCUGUCCACAACAUAAGAAUAGAGAGGUUGUGGAGAGAUGUAUUUAUACAGGUUUGCCAGAAGUAUCACAGCCUUUUCUAUGGCAUGGAAGAUGAAGGACUUUUAGAUGUGGAAAAUGUCCACCACAUAUUUGCACUUCAGAAGGUUUAUCUUCCAAUUAUAAAUGAAGAGUUAGAAACAUUUAGACAAGGGUACAAUAAACGUAAACUGUCAACAGAAAAUGGACAAAGUCCAGAACAGCUAUGGACAAGUGGCAUUUUGUCACAUAUAAAUUCAGAUGCCACACCUGUACAAAACCUCUAUGGAGGACCUUUAAGGGAAACCUUGGAGGUCCAGCUAAGACAUUAUGGGCUAAAUCCAGAGGAUUUUUCAAUUCCAGAUGAUACUUGUUCUUCUCCAUUGUGUGAAGAACAAACAAGACUCCUUGAUUUGCGUUUGUCCGAGAAUCUGACACCAGAACAAUCUUACACGAAAUGUUUGGAUUAUUUAACAGAGAU